AUGGCCUUAGAGAGAGUCAGUGAAUCAAGCUUGUAUCUCUUUGCUCCCCCUCAGAUUCAAAACAAGAGCCAACAGAAGAAUGGUCAUGCAUUGGCGAUCAACAGAGAUAUCUCUUGUCAUCCGUCAGACAAUGGAAGCUUGCAUACUAACCGAACUGUUGCCUCAUUCUCAGGAACAAGAUCAGCUUGUAUUAUCAAUGCUGCGACGCUAGUUCUUGCAGACGCUGGGGUUCCGAUGCGUGAUCUUUCUGUUUCCUGCAGUGCUGGAUACUUAAACAGCACUCCACUUCUUGAUCUUAACUAUGUCGAAGACAGCGCUGGAGGAGCUGAUGUAACCGUCGGCAUUCUACCUAAACUAGACAAAGUUACACUCCUUCAGUUACCGAUGGAAACAUUUGAAACGGUCUUUGCCUUGGCUUCUGAAGGCUGCAAAGCGAUUGCAGAGAGAGUACGCAAGGUACUUCAAGAAAACACCAAACAGCUAGAGUAUCGUCGUGCUGCAUAA